GGGGUCUGUCGACUCGAAUGCCUCAGCUCAAUUCCCCUCGUUCUUUCAACAUUCUGAGCUCGCCUCUCAAGCUUAGGUGCUGGUUGCCUAGCUUGUUUGAAUCGCAUUCUCUCUUCACGAUCCAUUGAUUCACGACUUACGUUCUCCUUCGACUUCUCUCCCUUCCCCUCCUAUCCCUUCCUCAACUAGUCACGAUGCGCACGUCUACUAUCCUCCCUCUCCUCAUUGCUGCUGCGUCCCUCGCGCCGUCGUUCGCUUUUCCUCUUGCUCCUACCCAGGCCCCGGAGACACCUGCAGGCUCUGCGCCUAUGGAUGGCGAGCACCCAGAGCAAGUUGGCCCGAUGGGACCCGGUACCGCAUCGCCCCACCGUUCUGCCGCACACAUGCACGCUACCGGCGAACAUGCACAGGCGGCUCACAAGAGUGGCCAGAGAUACGGACAACGCAAGCACGGCAAGGGACAGCACAAGUACGGCGAGCCUGACCUCCGCGGCUCGUACCGUCACACGGGGCAGCGUCGCCCUCAGCGCGGCACCGCCGCUCAGGGUCAGGGUCAGGGUCACCACAUGAGCACCGUCGGCCACGACGAUGCUGCUCAGCACCCCGCCCGCCCCAGCGCCACCCAGGAUCAAACUCAGCCUCAGCCCGCAGGUGUUUCCAGCCAGCCAGCCCAAGCCCGCGCUUUCGAGGAAGAAGAGCUGUAUGGCCGUGACUUCGAUGAGGAGCUCUUCGCCCGCGCAUUUGUGGACGAGCUCGUCGCGCGUAAGGUCAACUGGGGCAAGGUCGGAAACGUCGUGGGCGACAUAGCUAGCGUCGCGAAGUUCAUUCCCUUUAAGCGCGAAGACUCCGAAGAGAUCCUCGCUCGUGCAAUUGAGGACGAGCUCAUGACACGCAAGGUGAACUGGGGCAAGGUCGGAAACGUCGUGGGCGACAUAGCGAGCGUCGCGAAGUUCAUUCCCUUCAAGCGCGAGGACGAUGAACUGCUCGCUCGCGCAUACGAGCUCAUGAUGGCGCGUGACGCCAUGGUCAUCGACGAGCUGGACUGAGCGACUGGAGCACAUUGAUAUCGGAUGGACACAGAGGACAUCGAGUUGAACCUGUAGGUGUACUACAGUGUGAUAAGUCAAUCGUCGUGUAGACUUCGUAGAAUGCGAUUGUUAUUAUCAUGGAUUCGGUAGCCAUUCCCAUGAGUCAUAUCGUAUAUCCAAAAGUACCUAUGCGCGUGUCAC